CAAUUUAGAUCGGCGGAUGCUCACACUGGCAAUCGUCAUUUCCGCUGUGUCUACGUGCGACCAUAUUACACUUCCGUUCUUCAAGGGUAUCUGAAGCUAAAGGCACCAGGCAAGACAACAUGUUUCGGUUUGCUAAAGCUGCAGUCAACCUCACUGGUCAGGCCACGAGGCAGGUGAGGCAUGGCUCCACCGCCCCAGACAACUUCCACCAAAAGUACGGCACCGGCCUGAUGGUCGGUGGUAUUGCCUUCUGCACGGCUGUGUGGUCAUACAUAAUUACUCAGUCUAACAUCACCUGGAAUCUGUCACCUAUGGGGAAGGUCAUGCCCAAAGCGUGGAGAGAGCCCGAAGAGGAGGAGUGAAGAGCCGCCAUGACAGAUCUGCACCCCACCUUAUAAUAAACCUUCUAUUUGUACAGAUGAAUAGCAGUGAAUUCCUGUGUUUAUUCCAACAUGUUACCUUUGUCCAAAUAAAUUAAGUUUGAUUCUACUGAU